UUCCAACCACAGCUCCUGGAGAUUUCAUUGCCCUGGGCAAGCAGUCAAAGACAAAUGAGGGUGAUGUAAAGAGACCUUCAAGUCCACAGUUUUUAGGACGGAAGAAAGAUGCCCCUGGACCUUUGUUAACAUCAUCCAGCCUGGCUAAGAAACCUAAACUCGGUGGCCCAGCAUUUGGUACCCUUGGUCGACCUCUUGGAGAAUCCUCCAGUCUGUUGGGGAUAGCUUCAUCUACCACUGUUCAACAUUAUGAUGAAAUAGCCAUCACAGUUCUGGCAGCUGACGAUGAUAUGAAUGACGAGCGAGCAGAAGCUCUUCUUUGUGGAGCCGUGAAACAUCUUCGCACAAAUAGAUCUAAACCAGACCAGAUUGUAUAUCUAACUCUGAUGCAUCUCUCUAAGAGCAGACCAUCCUUGUUUUACUCAGACAUAGUAACUGAGGCAUUUUGUGGACUGUUGAAACGAGAGCUUGCUCUGACGUUCAAGGCCAAAGGAAACCCUUUGGUAUCUGUACUGGCUUGUAACGUGCUCAUGAAUGCUUUUGCUGAUGAAGAAAAUUGGCCAGAUAAUUUUGUCAAGGUGUUUGUUGAAGAUUCUCUAGGAGAAAGAAUCUGGGUAGAUCGCGAAGACUGUAAAACAUUUGUGGAAAACAUACAGACAGCAUUUGGAACCAAGAAAUCUCCUAGACAUUUGUUAAUGGCAACUGCUGAAGCUCUGCGAGGAGACCCAAGUGGAUCAUCAAGCCCUGUGCAGAUGUCUCUUGAUGAUGAUGACUCCAAGAUGAGUGACAGUGGUGAUUGGGACAAAUCCAGUUCUUCAAGCAGCCAAUCAAAUUGCACUCCAAGGUAUCCAUACCAGCAGCAAGCGAUAGAAACCUACAUCCUAGAGACGAUCACUGAUAUCCUGAAUCGACGUCAGUCUAUGGACUCAUCUCCGCGCAACCUCAUUAAGCUGAUGACAUCAACUAGUGGCUACAGUGCAAUUCGGAACAUGGCUGCACAGCGGAUUGACAUGUGGCUGCAGAAUCCUAAGCUGACUCGUGUGUCCCAGGACCUGUUGCUUGCCGUCUGCACCAACUGUGACAAGCAUGAUCAGAGUGACCUGGAGGUCAUAGGUCAUCUGACCAAGAUGCGAAUGAAAACCAAACCCCUUAUUAAUCAUUUUCUGAAUUGUAUGAGAGAACUGCUGUCCCAGCACACAGAAAACUUGCGUAUGAUCCUAAACCACACCAUAUACAAUGAGCUGUCUACAUCAAGAAACCCAAACAACAUGGCACUCAUGGCCAUCAUCUUCUCUCAUUCCCCGGAACAGUCAGCAAAGACUGUUGCAGAAAUCUUCCAAGAUCUGUUAACCAACAAAGAUGAUUAUCUGAAAGCCUUGCGUAUGUUGUUGAGGGAGGUUGUACGGUGUACCCGGCUGGACAUGAACUUCGCAUCAUUUUGUCUUGGCCUGAUGCAGGAGCGCACUGAAGCCAAGUUUGUUGACAUGGAUCCUGCAUUGAAGGAGCGCUAUGUAAUGUCACUAGCAGACCUGAUCUCUAUGGACAUGCUGCUGAGUGUCGCUCCGAACAUGAGAGAAGCUGCCGCAAGUUUCAUGCAGGGAGACCACAAAAACCUGGAACUUAUCCAUGUGUUCAAGAGACAGGUGUCUGUAAUCCAGAGAGACGCUGUCUGGUGGUUGCACACAGUGGUUCCAAAGAUAAUUGACCUGAAGGCGGAAGCUUACCUUCACUGCCUGAAGAAAGUUUUAUUUAUGGAAUCUCCUGAGCAUUAUUACAAUAAAGAUAAUUGGCCUUCAGAGAAUGAGAGAGGACUGAUGCUAAAACUGACUUCGGAGGCCCCCGUCAUGGAGGACACGCUGAUGAGGCUGCUGGUGAUUGGUCUCUUGAGGGACUUGCCUCUCUCUGCCCCAGAUUCUGUGGAGAUUGUUGAACAGCUGGUCUGUAGAGCAGCAUCCCUAUACUAUGACUUGGGACUGAUGGAUGCCCUGCGCAUAGAGCGAUUGGAAUUCACAGACGCAGUCCUCAACCUUUGUGUUUACAAACAUCCAGAGAAUAUUGUCUUGCCCCAGGGCUACACACCCCCGAACCUGGCUAUAUCUGGACUCAGCUGGAAAGCCUGGUUGACAUUGCUGAUUAUCACAGCUUACAACCCUUCCGUCUUCGGAGAAGCUGCAUGGCAGAAAUACUCAACACUGCAGACUCUUAUGGAGAUGGUGAUGACCAACAAUUACACCUUCCCUCCCCCAACCACCGCUGUUGAUGAAAAAAUGGUGGAGGAAUACAGAGCUCGGGAAAGGCAGCUGAGGCAACAGGAGAUUCAGCUGAUCCUGGAGUUUGAGACCCACCUGGCUGCAGCCACCAGUAAGGUCGCCAUCACUGAGAGCAACAGCUUGCUCAUUGGGCAGCUGAAUCUCAAUGACCCAGAAGGGCCAGCAAGGUUUCCACCUCAAGAGGUCAUAGAACAACUCAAGUCUUUGAAUGCUAGCUUGAAACUAGGACAGAUGUUGUGUCGGAGUAGAAAUCCUGAUUUCUUGUUGCGAAUUAUUAAUAGACAGGGAACCUCACAGUCCAUGCCUUGGUUGGCAGAGCUGGUGGAGUCCAGUGAAGGCUCUCUAGAUGUGCUUCCUGUUCAGUGUUUGUGUGAGUUCCUGCUGCAUGAACCAUCUGAUCUGUUCACUGAUGGAGAUGGGGAGGACAUUUUUGGAGCUGACAGGUUGAAACUCAAAGAGAAAAACAAGAAACACCAGCAGCUUCUGACCAGACUUCAGGACCUUGUCCAUAGUUCAUCCACUGACUCAAAGACAGUCAAGGAGGUGUUAGAUUACUUCCUUCAGAGAUUGUCCUCCAUCCAGGCUGCCACUAGACAACAAGCAAUCAAGGGCCUCUCGUCUGUGGUUACCCCUCCAAAGUAUAGUGAGAAGUUGAAAGAUGAGUCGAUGGAUGCGGACUUGAGGCUUCCAGAAUCAGGGGAUUGGCUUCUUGUUCACAUGACAUCCCUGCCACUGUUUGACGAAGUCAAGGAUUCCUUAUGUUUGGCACUGAGAAAGGCUUGCCAGGUGGAGACUGACCCUGCACAGAUCAAAACCUAUGUCUUGUUUCUAUCCCAUCAUGCUUUGGACACAUCUCAGCAGACUUGGAAUGAUCUGAUCCUGGAUAUGGCUCAGUUGCUGGUUGAGAGAACAUCUAUAGUCAACUUCAUCCUGCCUGACCUGUCAGUUAAACCUUCAGAGAAGACUGAGGAGCAGUGCCAGUGUCUGUCUGCCUUCAUCAGGCUCUUUGUCACGUACAUGCGGCACGCUCGCAAGGAGGACAAGGAUACCUUUAGCUGGUCUAACACACAGGACCAGAUCUUGCUGCAGUGGGAGUCAGGCCAGUCAGCAACUGUCCAUGUGCUUGUUGUUCAUGCCAUGAUUGUACUUCUCACAUAUGGCAAGCCUAAAGGUCCAAAUGCUGCAGAUGAGCACAUGUACACUGAGCUAUUUAACAUGUGGAUUCAGGACAAUAACAGAAUGCCAUCUGGGUUUUUGCUCGAUACCUCUGAGGAAGCACUGCUGCUGCCUGAUUGGUUGAAAUUGCGGAUGUUACGCUCAUCUGAUGAUAGACUUAUCAAUGCUGCUCUGGUGGAAGUGGAACCCGCACAACUGGUUCUCUUUGUCCAGUCGUUUGGUAUCCCUGUGGCCAGCAUGUCACGUCUCUUGGCCGCUCUAGACCAGGCAGUGGCCAGUGACAGAGCUGCAAUGUCCCAAGCAGUGCUUGAUCCCUCUUACAUGGCCAACCUGGUGGACAUUCAGCAUGAGCGAGGUGCUGUUGGGGGUCUUACUUUUUACAAGCUGCUCACUCAGGGAAAGGAAACAUCAAAAUCUGAUGAAACCAGGAAAGUUGAUGAAGAGAUGCCUACAGAGGAAGUCUGGAAUGUGAAAGACACAAGGGAGGUCAUUUUGCCCAAUUCUGCAGACAAACUGGCGCGGAUACUUGACCAGAUUUUUUCAGAAACUACGGGUACUGAUGGUACUGCUUCUAGAUUGUUCCAGUGUAUUCUGCAGUCUGUCUCCGCUGAUAAGAUAAAGGCAGCUGCAGUCAUCAAAGCUCUGGACAAUCUUCUGAGCUCUUCCAAAAGAGAAGCAUUUGCACAGAAGGUGUACACAGCAACUUUCAGGUCUUGUCCCAUUCUCAAAGUUCUUAUUGCCAAACAGCCCGAUCUUCGUGGGGAAAUCUUUCCAGUUAUGGAGAAGUUGCACACUUUGGGCACAGGCCAGAGGUCGAUGCUAACUUCCAUCGUGACACAGUUCCUUUCAUCCAAUAAAAAGUCUCGACAAAACCAGGGGUCCCCAGCUAAACAGUUGGAAGGAAUAGUCAACAAAUGUAUCAGUAAAAAUCAUGUGGACUCUCAGAUCUUCUUAGAUGGAAUGAAGAAGCUGAAAGACCAAGAGAGUGUUGAGUUGCUGGUGCACAAAAUGAUGGACAGUUUGUUGAGUCAAGGCCGGGCAAAAGAUGGGACCCAGCUUGCUUGUGAAGUUUUGUUGCAAGGAGUUAGUGCCUCCAUGACAUCCAGUUCUGCCACCUUGAUCAUUGACUGGCUGUCCCUCCUGGAUCCAGAAAUAGUCCAGUCUUGUCCAGAGCUCCAGCAGAAAUUAUUGUUUGCCAGGAAAAUCUCUCCCUCAGCACUAGGUUCUGGUAGCAGCUGUGAAACCAGUGGAUUCCCAAGUCAGGCUCAUCUGUUAGCCUUAUUGACCCAUCAGGCUAGCUGGGAGACACUGGCUAGCUGUCUGACCUACUUGUUGAAGCCUGACAAAAUAGCUGAACUGAAUCCAACAACAGUUCUGGAUUUUAUUUGGGCAUGUGAACAUAUACCCAAAAUCUGGCAGGGCAGAGAAAAACGAACUCAAGAGGUUGAGCAGAAGGAGGUUGUGUUGAGCCUGACCUCAUCUCAGAUCUGCUCCGUGGUUGAUCUCAUUGUGGAGGAGACCCUUCUUCUGGCAGAGAACAAGUCAUCAGAACAAGUUUCAGCCAAUCAGCUGCCAGCUGUCAUCAAGAGCCGGGUAGAUCUGCUGCUCUCGUGCAUCUGUGAUGAUCUGGAUCAUGUGAUCACAGUUGUCAGUCACCUGCAGCUCUUGUAUGGGCAGUCAUCGGGGUUAAAGAGCAGAUGCAUCACCAGCCUCACAACAUGCUUGUACCUCCAGUUCCCGUACAUUCAGUCUUGGCUCCCAGAAGACAGCCCUCUGUUGUCUGAGCUCAUGGCCAGCAGUACGGUGCAGUCACAGAUGGAUGUCAUUUCCUAUCGGCUGAUCAGCAGUCUGAGUCAAGUCGGCCCUGGUGUCAAAGUUAACUCCAGAAUGUACGACGCCAACAUUGCCUGUCGGAAAAUGGCAGCUCACCAUCCAGCCAUUUUUCUGAGGCAGCUGCCUCUGAUUGGAGCCAUCUUGUGUGGACAGACUCAGUUUAGCUCCCGGGAAAUGAGACAUACCAACCGCUUCCUGCUGUUUACACAUGUCCUGGGAUUUCUGGAACUUCUCCAACCUCAUGUUUUCAGACAAGAAUAUACCGGACUGAUGGAAAUCCUCGAUUCAUUUUUCUCCCUUUUACAGCUGCACGGAGAAGAGAAGGCUCUAGGUCCCCAGGUUCAUAAACUGGUCCUCAUCUUGCAGAACUUCCUCACCCAUGACCCCCACAGAGCACUGCCGGUGCUACAGAAGCAGCUGAACCUACUCAGCAACUUGACCUUGGUGUACCCUGACAUGUUUGAGCUGAAGACACUCCUGACCAACCUGACCCUCCCAAGACAGUCUGAGCUGCGACAGACUCCCAAGGACGAGGUGAAAACCUCCAUCUUACCAGACACCGUCACGAACACGUCCAGCUAUACGGCUGCUCAGUUGGUUCCAUUCAUGAGAAGGUUCGACAAGGAUUCUCCUGAAGAGCUUCUGACUGCACUACAAGACCUCGAUGAAAUGUCCAAGAGAAAAGUUGACAUUCUGAUGUAUUUUGAGAGCCAGUUAAGAAGUCUCAUGAUGUCCCCAAGUGACCAGUGCCGAGGGACAGCCUUUGCUUUAAUCAUGAGAGCCCUCAGACAGAAUCCCAGGAAAUCUGAACACUUUGUGGCCACCUUCCUGGAUUGUUUGGGCUCGGAGAAUCCUGAUAUUGUCACCACAGCUUUGAAGAAUCUUGCAGAGUUCACUGCUCUUUGUCAGGAAGAAGCAACAGGCCUGUUACAGAAAGCCUUUACAGCUGGGAUCAGAAUGUCCCUAGAUUCCAGCUCUUACAUUAGUGAGGCUCUGCAUAUGCUGAAUCUGCAUUCCACAACAGUGGAGUGA